CAUAUAUUUUGACCCUUUUCCCGAACUUUAUGGGGAUAUAUAUAACCUCCGUCACUCUCAUUAUCUCUCUGUGUGUUAUACUGUUAUAAGUCUAUGUGAGAGAGUGUGUGUGAUCGUUGCUUGAAGAACAUUCCUGUAACAAUGAGUAGAUCAGGAGGCGUCGUUUGGCUGAAGACGGUGGUGCUGCUGGCGGCGGCGGCAGCGAUGUUAACAUCCGUGAGCUGUAGAAGUACGGUGUGUCACCUGAUCGGCGGGAAGGAAUUGUGGAAACCGAAUCAUAACUACACUGAUUGGUCUCUUCAACAGACGUUCUACGUCGGCGACUGGCUCCAUUUCGUAUACAACAAGGAGAUGUUCACGGUGUUGGAGGUGAAUGAAACGAGCUACAAAAACUGUUCAGAUGAAGGAAUUAUCUUCAACGUCACCGGAGGUUUUGGAAGCGACGUGAUUAAGCUCACUCAACCAAAGACAUACUACUUCAUUGCAAAUGGAGAUUACUGCUACAAUAAUGACAUGAAAGUGGCUGUUAACGUGGUUGAAAUUGUUUAUGUUUAUCAACCUCCGAUGAUGAUGAUGAUGAUGUAUCUUCUUCCAUUGCAAGUGAUGUGUGUAUUGCUUUUUCUCACAAGAAAUCGUCAAUGAAGAAUCCAACAGUUUCAGGUACUAAAUUAAUCAUAGUUAAAUAGCUACUGAUAUUAAUUCAGAAAUUACGUAAUAGUGGAUUGCAUACAUUACAAAUGUGUUAGACUUUGGAAACGUGUUAUCACACUUGCCU